AUGCCACCAAGAACAAGUAAAAAAAAGGCAUCUUCAUCAAAAGAAGCACCACAAACACCAAAGAGAAAGUCAAGAAAUGAUGAAGAGGCUACUUUCACACCAAUGGGUACACCAAGUCAAUCACUCUCACAAUCAUUAUUUAGUUUAUCAACAAGUCAAGCUCAAUUGUCUCAAUAUCUUGAUGAAGGAGAAGAAGUUUCUGAUGUUUUAUCUGGAGCUUAUAUUUCGGAAGGUAUGACCGAAGGAGAUUUAUCUGAAAGAAUGAAGAAAAUAUCUGAUAUCUUGAAAGGAAUGGGACAGUUAGCAACACCUGAUGAUGCUCCUUGGGAUGAGCUUUUCAUAUCUAACAUAAUUGAAAAGAAAAUCAUUUCAAAUAAGACUGAAGAAGUUAGAGUUUAUGCAGCUUGUUCAAUUGUUGAUAUUUUGAGAGUUACUGCUCCUGAUUGUCCAUUUGAAGAUGAAGAAUUACCAAGAGUAUUUAAAUUUAUUAUCGAACAAAUUGAAGCUCUCAGUAGAGGUGGUGUACUCUUUUCUAAGAGAUUCUAUUUAUUGGAAAGACUUUCAACAGUUAAAAUAUUUAUUAUGCUUGUAAACAUUGAUGAAGGAGAAGGUUUAAUUAUUCCACUCUUUCAAUCAUUGUUUAGAAUUGUAACUGAUAGUGAAUCUACCCAACCACAAAAAGUCAUAUCAUACAUUUGUGAUAUUAUGAUAACUCUUAUUGAAUCAAUUGAAACUGUUGAUUCUAAGCUUAUUGAAGUUCUUAUUCAACCUUUAUUGGAAAAUAGAUCUAAAAUUCCAUCAGAAGAUGAUGAAGAUGAAGACAAGGAUGAAGAUGAUGAUGAAGAUUCACAUUUCUCAGCCAAAUACAUUUCCAAGAAUGUUUUAGAUAAGACUCAAGAACAUUUAUCAAAUCAACUCAACGACUACCUCAAUGACAUUCUUAAAGAGCUUGAUGUAACAAAAGACAAAACAAAAUCUACAUACAAGAAGAAACGUGCUAGAGUAUUCAGCUUGAUUUAUGAAAUCAACUUGAUUUCUUCAAGACUUUUAUUGACUGUUAUUCCAAACCUUUGUAUUCAAUUGAAGGAUGAGGAAGUUCAAGUUAGAUCAGCUGUAAUUCAAUUAUUGGGAAAUAUGUUCAAAGCAAAGGAAUCAGAACUAUUUAAGGAAUAUCCAAACAUCUUUGAAACAGAUUUCCUUUCUAGAUUUACUGAUAAGGAUAACCGUGUUAGAAUUUAUAUGAGUAAAUUUGCGAGUGGAAUGAUUAAAAAUCACCCAUCCAGUAACAAGGUACUAAAUGAAAGACUGGAGGAAAGAAUUAUGGACCCUGAUGAAAAAGUAAGAAGAAAUGUUGUUGAAACUAUUAUCAAUAUUGCCAUGGAGAGUCCUGCUCUUGUAUCUGAUAGUUUAAUGCAAAAACUUAAGGAAAGAACAAGAGACAAAAAGGCUGUUCUUAGACUUCAUGCUUUGGAGUUAUGUGCCAAGCUCUAUAACCACCAUGCUACUGAAGCAUUAAAAAUUGGAGAUAGUUGGGAAAAUACUACAAGUGAAAAGCUUGCAUGGAUUCCAAAUACUAUUAUCAAGUUGUAUGCUGAACAACAUGAACAGGUUGUUUCGAAUAGAUUAAUGGUAGAAAAACUUAUUGACCAAGAAUUAUUGGCACAAGACUCUUCAAGAACCAAGACCCUCUUGGAUUUGUACACAAAACUUGAUCAAUCAUCAAAGCAUGUCUUAUCAGCAAUAAUUUCACAAAAGAAGUCUUUACAACACUUUGUCAACACUCUUAUUCAUUUGGAAGAAGAUGAUGAUUCAAGAUUACCACUUAUUUUGAAUAACCUUUCCUCUUCUCUUCCUGAUGAAUCAGUUGGUAAAAGAGUUUGGAAAGAUGUCUUUAAUCGUAGAAACAAACAAAACGAUAAUGCUAUCACAACCUUAAAGUCUUGCUUGAAUACCAAUAUCACUUUUGAUGCUGUAACUAAACUUAAGAAGAAAGGUGAAGAGAAGAUUCUUGGAGAAAAGAAGGAAGAAAAGGACUACAUGAAGACUGUAAUCCAAAAACUUGCCAUGACCAUUUUUACAAAGGAACAAGCUAAGGAAUUAGUUAAACUUGCUCACUCAUUCUCUGAUACUAAACAAAUUGAAAUGACAAAAUCAUCAAUUCGUCUCUUCAAUAUAAUAGUACAAGCUUACCCAGCAAUGGGAAAGGAUUCCAUUCCUUCAUUGAUUGAAUUAUUCGAGAAGGAGCAAGAUUAUGAUCUUAAUAUUCUAGUCCUUAAGGCAUUAUCUCAAUGCGUUGUAGAGUUGGAAAAAACCAACUUCUCUCUUGCUAAUGAACUUGAGACAAAAGUUGUCGAUUUCUGUACUAUGGGCAAACCAAAGGAAGUUAAGAGAGCUGCAGAAGUAAUUACCAAGGCUUUCACACAUCCAAAGUCUAUCUUUUCACAAAUUAUCAAAGAGGCCAAGUCUAAGAUGAACUAUGGUGAAGAACUUUUAACAUCUAUUAGUGCUUUCAGACAAGUUGCAAUUCAUGAUAUUGAAUUAUUCAGACGUGAUGAAGAAGAAAUUGUCGAAUUUAUUUUGAAUGAAGUUAUUUUGGUUGAUAGAGAAGAAAUGAGCUCCUCUUGGGAAACUUUAUCUGUAGAUACACAAACCAAGGUUCAAGGAUUCAAGUUUUUGGUUGACUAUUGCAUUGCUUGUACUAAGGAAGGCAUUACUGAAGAGUCAGAAGCAACUAGUUCAAAACUUGUAAACAUUCUCUUCAGUAUUCUCAAGAAUAAGGGUUCUAUUUCUCGUGUCAUCCAAGAAAUCAAUGAUGAAAUGGAAACCAGUGAAGAACAAGAAGAAGAUGAUAAGAAGGAGAGUAAGAAGAGAGAAAUUGAUAGGGCAGCUCUUAGACUGAUAGCUGCCAACUCUAUUAUUAAGCUUACUACUUCUGAUUUCAAGUUGAAUGUUUCAAUGGAAAGAUUCCUACAAUUGGCUUUUGUAUUUCUUGAUACUUCAGUGGAAGUUAAACGCAAGUUUGUUGAAAAAUUGUUCUCCGAAUUAAUGAGUACCAGACUUUCAACUAGAUUUACUGCUCUUUUAAUUCUCUUUGUUGGUGAUAAGAAUGCUGAACUUGCUGUAAGAGCUAAAUCCCAUUUUUCAAAGGUUGUAACCUUUUUUAGAGCUCUCAUUUCUAAAACAAAAGGAAUCACACUCACAUCACCUAAAGCUAAUGACUUAUUCCCAGAAUAUAUUUUGCCAUACCUUGUAUUCUUACUUUCCCAUCAUCCUCAAUUCAAAGACGAAGCACCCCAAUUCAUGACAUUCCAAAAGAUUUUAUAUGCUUAUUUCGAUGAAGUUACUCACGAUACUGAUAAUUUAUCAUUCUUCCACCACCUCAUUACUAAAUUGAAACAAAGAAAGGAUUCUCUCGCUUUGGAGUCAACCAAUCACCUCAUAAUUUGUGAUAUGUCAGUCUCAAUUGUAAAUAGAUGCGCUGAAAGCUCUGGAUCAUCAACUUCAUCUGUUCCAUUCCCUGGUAAAGUAUUCAUCCCUCCAUACUUUGUUGUUGAUAAGGAAAAUGAAUCAAACUUGGAGACUAUCAAGACUUUAUUCUUACCAGAUGGUUUUAAAUUGAACGAAAAGCUUGCCAGACAAGUUCAACCAGUUGAAAAGAAGAAAAAACCCACAAAAGUAGACGAAAAGAAGGACAAGAAGAGAAAACGUACCACAACAAAGAAGACAACAAAGAAGAAGAAGGAAGAAAAAGAAUCUACAAAGAGAUCUUUGCCAAGUAGAUCUGCAAAGACAAAUAGAAAGAAAAUUGAAAGCGAAGACGAAAGUGAGGAAGAAGAGGAGGAAGAGGAAGAAGAACAAAGCGAAGGAGAAGAACAAAGUGAACAAAGUGAAGAAGAGGAGGAGGAAGAAGAAGAAAAGAUACCUCCUAGAACCUCAAAACAGAAGAAAGAACCAAAGGAAAGCUCGCCUCAAACAACUGUACCUACUGCAUCAACAAGUAGACCAUCUGCAGAAGAGCAGGAGCAUUUCUAUUCUUCAGACGAUUUUGGGGAUGAAGUUGACUUGAAGAAGGUUAAAUUCUCGGAAAAUACAAACCUUAAGGAUUCAAAAACACCAGAAAAAUUAAUUGAAGAAUCCGAGACCGAUGACGAAAAGUAUAUACAACAAUUGUCUGAAAAGAUGAAUGAACUCUGUGCAAUGAUGAGAACAGAAGUCAUGAAUAACCUCUUUGAUUUGAAGAAGAGAAAUGUGCAAAGACUCACUGAUUUCAAUCAAAGAAGCAAUGAAGACAGAGAUGAUCUGAUUCUCCAACAACGUUUAAAAGAGGAAAAACUAAGAGACAGCAUUGCCAAACGUGAUUAUUAUUUAGCGAGAUUUAAAACUCUCACUUUCCGAAUGGCUGAUCAAAUUUCACAAGCUAGAAAGGUGGAAAGAGAAAAGACCCUUGUGAGAAACAUUUUAAGCAAAUGGAAAGAACACUCUCAAGAAAAGAAACGAAAGAAAAACCUAGGAGAAAUGUUACUUAAAACCUAUAAGAGAAAUCAAGCAAGAAAAAUCCUUCAAGGAUGGUAUAUGUGGAUUUUAAACUCUAAGCAAAACACAACAGAACGAAUUUGGCAAAACAGACUUGAAAAUGAAAAAGCCGAACUGAGAAAUGAUUAUGAAAUGAAAAUUGAGCAUUUGAAGGAAGAAAUUCUUAAACUGAAUCAAGCUCUAGAAAGAGAACAAAAUGAUAAGCAAGUUCUUCAAGAAAACUUAAAGAAGGCACUCAUGAGAGGCGUGUGCGCAAUGAAUAACAAAUUUUUGGAAAUUAUCAAGGAUACAAAUACCAAACCAACUCAAUCUUUCAAUGUUCAACAAGAACUUGAAGAUGCUUUGAACGAGGUACAAAGUGAAUCCGAGUUUAUUCAAAAUAUUGCAAAUCAACAAACUCAAAUUCCAAGACCUUACCCUAGUUAUCCUGAACCAACAUUCUACAGUGUCCCACAACCUCAACCAUUACCAACUAGUUCACAACCAACACGAUUUAUAACAGCCCCAAUGGAAGCUACACAGGUGAAAAACCCUCAACCACAAGUAAGAGUAAUCAGAGAAACUGUAAAUUAUCCACUUAAACAAACUUUGCAAUCACCCUUGCAUCCACCUAAGAAAGACAGAAAUAGUCCUCCAAAUACUAAACAAAAACCAACCAAUCCAUCAAAUAAACGAUAA